GGGAAAAAAAUGGUUCUACAAACUCAGAGAGUGCCGACGAUCAUCUUCACUCUUAAAACGCUCAUAUGGCUUCUUUGCUUGGGAGUAAUCAAUGUCAAGGCACAAAAGCUUCCUGAUGAUGAAGUUGAAGCCCUUAAAAAAAUAGCCAAAGAGCUAGGGAAGAUGGGCUGGAAUUUCUAUGUAGACCCAUGCGGUAAUGACACAAGUUGGGAAACACCACCUGAUAUGAAGUUGGACCCAAGAUCAUCGUACAAUAAUUCUGUAGAAUGCAAUUGUGCAUACCCUGGUGCUGUAUGUCACGUUGUUGGAAUAUUUCUUAAAGGGCAGGAUCUUUCUGGUGUGCUUCCAACAUCCCUUGUGAAUCUGCCUCACAUAACGAUGAUUGAGUUGUCUCGAAACUAUCUGACUGGUACAAUUCCAUCCGAAUGGACUUCUCUAAAGUUGGAACGUCUGUCCACUUCUGUAAACCAGUUAUCGGGAAGAAUUCCGAGCUACCUGGGAAAAAUUACCACUCUUAGAUUUUUGAGCAUAGAGAACAAUCGGUUUUCUGGAACUGUUCCCCCUGAGAUUGGAAAGUUGGUUAACUUGGAGACUCUUAUUCUCAAUUCUAACUUCCUCACUGGAGAGUUGCCAGUCAAUCUAACUUGUCUCACAAACUUAACUCAACUUAGGAUUAGCAAUAACAACUUCACGGGAAGAAUACCUGAUUUUUUCAAUAGUUGGAAAAAGCUUCAGAAAUUAGAGAUCCAAGCUAGUGGUCUCGCGGGGCCUAUUCCUCCAAGCAUUUCUGUCUUGAGUAAUUUAACUGAGCUAAGAAUUAGUGACUUAGUUGGUGAGGGUUCUAUAUUUCCGAACUUAACAAGCAUGACAAACAUGAAUAGAUUGAUGUUAAGGAGCUGCAAUCUCUCGGGACAAAUUCCAACAUACAUAUCAGAAUUAAUGCCACAACUCCAAACUCUAGAUCUGAGCUUCAAUAGAUUGGAAGGAAAUGUUCCAGAGUUUGAUGAUAGUGCAAAGUUGCAGCGCCUGUUUCUGACAAGCAACUUACUCAACGGGACAGUUCCGGACUGGAUCAAACGAAGAAAUCCUGACCAUGAUCUAGAUCUUUCUUACAAUAACUUCUUAGAGAGUUCUAUGCCACCAUCUUGUCGAGACACACUAAAUUUAUUUGAAAGCUUCUCUGGACAGGACUCAUCAGUUGGCGAGUGCCCGAAGAACCUUCCUUGUUCGAAAGACUGGAAUUCAGUGCAUAUAAAUUGCGGUGGAAACGAAGUCAGUAUUGGAAACAUUACAUACGAAGCAGAUCUUGAUGCAUCAGGUGCGGCAAACUUUCAUCGCACCAGAGAGAAUUGGGGAUUCAGUUCCACUGGAAAUUUCUGGGAUGAUAACAGCAGCUCGAAUGCAUACAUAGCAAAUAAUGCGUCAGAACUCCGAAUGAACAGCCCUGAAUUGUACACAAGUGCACGCCUCUCUCCUCUUUCUCUCACGUAUUAUGCACGUUGCUUGGCAAAUGGAAAAUAUACCGUCACGCUACACUUUGCAGAGAUAAUAAUAACAGGAAACAGAUCUUUUUCCAGUCUUGGAAGACGGUUAUUUGAUGUUUAUAUCCAGGGAAAACUGGAGUUAAAGGAUUUUGAUAUCGAAAAUACUGCAGGAGGGGUUGACAAACCUUUAGUUCAGAAAGUUGAAGCAGUCGUGAGUAACAAAAUCUUACAUAUCCGCUUUCAUUGGGCUGGCAAAGGGACAACAGCUGCCCCAACAAGAGGAACAUAUGGCCUUCUCAUAUCGGCUAUCUCUAUAGAAAUUAAUGAUAAUCCCCCUGAUAAUGUCAAAACCACAAUAUUCAUUGUGACUGGAGCUUUAGUGUUGGCGCUAUUACUCAUUUUAGGCAUUCUUUGGUGGAAAGGCUGCAUAGGAAGCAGGAUAUCAAGGGAAAAAGGGGAAACGCACCAAGGAUUUCAAUGUGAAGAAAAUCUUGUAGACAACAUGAACCAAGAUAAACUCCAAGAGCUACCAAUAUUCAGUCUUAAGGAACUAGCAAGUGCAACGAACAACUUCCACCAAUCUAACAAACUUGGACAAGGUGGAUUUGGUCCCGUAUACAAGGGAAAAUUGCUAGAUGGACAAGAAAUUGCCGUAAAACGACUUGCAAGAUCUUCAAGGCAAGGGCUAGAAGAAUUUAUGAAUGAAGUCGUAGUGAUUUCUAAACUCCAACACCGAAAUCUUGUUAGACUCCUUGGUGGGUGUGUUGAAGGAGAAGAAAAGUUGCUAGUCUAUGAAUACAUGCCAAACAAAAGUUUGGACGCAUUUCUUUUUGAUCCAAUCAAGCAAGAAUUGCUAGAUUGGAAAAAACGUUUCAACAUUAUUGAAGGAGUUGGUCGUGGUCUACUCUACCUUCAUAGGGAUUCAAGAUUAAAAAUUAUUCAUAGGGAUCUAAAAGCAAGUAACAUAUUGUUGGAUGAAGAGCUAAAUCCAAAAAUAUCAGACUUUGGAAUGGCCAAGAUUUUCGGGGGCAAUGAAGACCAAGCCAAUACUAAAAGAAUUGUCGGAACAUAUGGCUACAUGUCUCCUGAAUAUGCAAUGGAGGGGCGAUUUUCAGAAAAAUCGGAUGUCUUCAGCUUUGGAGUGUUAUUGCUAGAGAUAGUAAGCGGAAGGAAAAACACUCAUUUUUAUCAUGACGAAGGGACCGUGAGCCUUGUAGGACUUGUAUGGAAAAUGUGGAACAUGAACAACUUGGCAGCAUUAGUAGACCCCAAAAUACCAAGAUCUGGCUUUGAAAAUGAAAUCUUUAGGUGCAUACAAGUUGGGCUGUUGUGUGUACAAGAAUUCGCUAAAGAUAGACCAACCGUAUCUAUUGUUAUUUCUAUGUUAAAAAGUGAGAUUGUUGAUCUACCUUACCCAAGGCAGCCAGGAUUCACUGUAAAUCAGAUUACCUCAGAAAAUGAGUUCUCUUACCCCAAUCAAAAAGUUUGCUCUAUCAACAAUGUCACUGUUUCAAUGGUUCAUGGUAGAUGAUGACAUGAUCUUGAAA